AUGCCCCCAACACAAUCUUGUGAAGUUACACUAAGUACUUCCUGCAGCAAGAGUGACACAGAACUUUCAAAGAAAGAGAGAAAAGUUCGCUUUGCGGAUUCAAUGGGACUUUCUCUCGUUUCUGUCGUUUAUUUACCAACACCUGCUCCACCGAAAGCCAGAUUGUCACCGCGAAGUUGGUGUGCGUUUCAGGAUUUAAAAAAUGCCAAACUACUAAACUUCAUUCAACCACUGAAAAGACAUGACUUCAAUGAAAAUCUCAACAGAUUGAAUGUUUCGUUAGAAACGAUAGUAGUAAGAGACUUCGGUGUACUUGGAACCGUGAAAGUUCGAAAUUUAGCCUACCAUAAGAAAGUCACAGUUCGCUACACAAUAGACGGCUGGUCUAGUUGUCGUGAUGUCGUCGGACAGUACGUCGAAGAAUCGCAUGCAGGAUUCACAGACACUUUCUCCUUCGAGAUGCCAAUACCUACGACUCUCCUUAAAGACUGCAAGUUGGAGUUCGCCAUUUGCUAUAAGGUCCUUGGAGUAGAAUUUUGGGACAACAAUAGCGGCGAUAAUUACCGGCUUCUGUGUUUUGCGCCGUCACAUCAGUGGAAAUCUAGAGACUGGCUUUGCAAAUAUAAUAGUUUAGAAUAUAAUACACAAAACAGAUACGUUGGCCUUAGAUUUUAG